UAUUCUAAAACAACAAUUAAGACUAUUGUGACAAUAUACAAAGGUUUUAAAUAUAUCCUGAAGAUUGUUUUUCAAGCAACAGAAACUUAAUAUAUCAUCGGGAUCGAUAUUCGUUAUACCUUAAAGAUGGUGGAUCGAUUGGUUCAUUCGGAGGCCAACAGCAGGCGCAUAGCCUAUGUGGAGCAAUGUUUUGGUGCAUCUGGACAGCCAUUAAAUGUAACCGGUCGAGCAUUAGUUGGAGAAGGUGUCCUAACCAAAAUGUGUCGGAAAAAACCCAAACCUCGGCAGUUCUUCCUGUUUAACGAUAUUCUUGUGUACGGCAAUAUUGUCAUAAACCGAAAAAAGUAUAAUCAACAACAUGUGAUAUCAUUAGAAGAUGUUAAAUUAGAGGAUGUUCAAGAUGAAGGAAGUUCUUUUUACACAACCGAUGGUAAACGAGCCUUACGGAAUGGCUGGAAACUAAUAAGUCCAAGCAAAUCCUUUGUUGUAUAUGCAGCUACUUCUACAGAGAAACACCAGUGGAUGUCACAUAUCAAAAAGUGUGUGGAUGAUCUCCUUAUUAAACAGGGAAAAACCCAGAACACAGACAAUGAUUCCCCUGUGUGGGUGCCUGACUCGGAGGCCACUCUCUGCAUGCAUUGCAAAAAGUCCCAGUUCACACUGAUCAAUCGGCGGCACCAUUGUAGAAAGUGUGGGAUAGUUGUAUGUAAGGACUGCUCCAGCAACAAAUGGCUCCUCCCCCAGCAGGCAUCUAAACCCCUCCGUGUGUGUCUAACAUGUUACCAGGGCCUGUCACACACCAAGGCAACAGUACCGGUGACUAAUACUCAUGCUACAGACGAUUCCUCUGGUGAUUCAUCCUCUGAUGACGACGAAGAACCAGCCAAUCAAGAUGUCAAUGAGGAGAAUAGCAUUCCCCCAGAGGGACAGUUCCAGUCUUAUGAGUGAUAGUAAAAGGGAAGUGUAUUGGAUAUUCUGCAGGAAAGAACCAUCCUUCAACCAGUUGAACCAACCAUUAUAGUGCUAAAGGGAAACAAUUUAUUCACACGGAUAACAGAUAUAUAUUGUUGUGGCUUAAAAUUCUUCUACUAGCAACACAAUCUUGCUUACUUGACCAUCUGUUUCACUUGAAUAUAGUCUUGAAAAUGUCUUUAGAUAUGCCAUUUCAGGUCUGUGAUGUAUUUUGUAAACAUGCUUUUGACAUUUUUUUUUUGUCAUUGGUGAAUGAUGGUGGUAUAUUUCAAUGGUUUAUAACCGUUCAUUAAAAAAAAAGCUUACCAGUAUGCAAUUCAUUAACUCAUGAUUUUUUACAUAAACUAGCAAGUACAUGUACCAGAGUAAUGAUCAAGUGUACAUUAGGCAAAAAGAAUAAGAAUUUGUCAGUAAUGUUUAAUGUAGGCAAUUUCACAUUAUUGGGAAAUGGAAUUCAAUGUUUUAAUAAAAUCUAAAUUAUUUUAAAAAAUAAAAAUCUUGAUUUCUUCCAAAGCUGAUUCAUUAUAGAACUAUACCACCAACUAAAUUCUAUUCAAAUUUACGGUCAUCCCUUUGGUGUGAAACUACUCAUAUUAAUCGUGAUAUUUAUUAGCAAAUAUUUGUACAUAUUUUUCUUUAACAAAUUCACAUACUAUAUGCAAAAAACAAAGUUCACAUCUAUAGUGUUUAUGUAUAUCAACAGUGAAAUGUAUGUUCAAAAGAUAAUGCAAAAUUCAGUCAGAUUUCAAUAUGUAUAAUAUGUAUUUAUACAUACCGUAUAUAAAUUGUGUAGCAUGCAUGAUCAUACACUUUGAAUAAGGUAUGUUUUUUUUUUGUAAUGCAUAUAAACAGAUUUGUAUUUUGACACUAGCAGCUGGUUUAUCAUUUUAAAAAAAGCAGUUUAGUUUCUGGGAUAUGUGGUCUGUUCCAGAGAGAAAAUUUUAUUUUGAUAUCAUGGCAUGAGUUUAGCAUUACUGUACAGUUAUGUAUGUAUGGUAUGAAAUUUCUGAAAAUUAAAUAUUUUCAUUUCCCUUUCAUAUAUUAAAGUGGCUAAAAUCAUUCUUGGUAUGCAAACAUUUUGUUUACAAAGCGAAGAAUUGUAAGCUCUGUAACUCGCUUAUAACUCAUCAAAUGACACUCAAAUUUUGGUUGCCUAUUAAAAAUGCCUUACUGAAGCAUUGUAAACAUUAAAGUAGGAGAAAUAAUUUUUGACCAAAAUCGUGACCAUGCCCCUUUAAGUCAUUUACAUAUAUAUUUGCAACUAAAGUAGAGGUCUUAUUUACAUGUAUCGGUACUUUUCCAAACCUCAGUUAAAAGUUCCUUAUAGAAACAAAUUGGAUAGGUUAUUUUUUAAGCAAGCUAAAUUACAAUACCAGUAUCUUUGCUUUGCAUGGUUUUUGAAACAUUUACCAGUAAAGUGUCUGCUUCAUGCAUUUAAUCAAAAGAUUUUGUUUUACUUCUUAAAGAGUUUUAAAACAGAUUGAUAUAAAAAGUGACGGUUUUUUUAAAUUCUUGAGGAAAAAAUUUGAUUAAAUUUCUCAAACCUAUCUUUGUACAAUGUAGUACAUAUAUAUAAUUUUUUUUAAAAAUACUCCAUUGUAACCUUAAAUCUGUUUAGAAGCAAUGUAAGCUUGUAUUAAACUCAUAGUAUUCAUAUAAAUCAGUUUAUGUAACUCAGGUUUUUAAUGUUUAUAAUUAUAUCAUUAACUGGGUUGUUAACAAAACAAGACUUGGAUCCAUAUGUGCUGGAAAAAUGAUACAAAUUUCGUUGUAUGACAUAUUUGCAAACGCUGAUUGUUUUUUUUGCUUGUUUUUUUUUCUUUGUUUAUAUGCUGUAAACCAAAUUUAUUCGCGGUGACUUUAUUUCACGAUUAACUUCCAAUAAACUGGCUCGCGAUGACUAAUGUUCGUGACCAAGCUUUAUCCAGACCCGUAUUUUGUUAUAACAACCAUACGAUACAAAGACUGGUUUGCGGCAAGAAAUAUUCUGCGACGAUGAGGCUCUCGCUAACCCUUCGAAAAUUUCUCGCACACGAAUAAAAGUUGGUUUACAGUAUGUUAUUGUUAUUGAUCAUUCCAUUUCCAGUACAUGUGUACUGCUGAUUGUUUUCCCAUGGGAAGUUUAAAUGGAAUGGAUGUAAUAAAAUAGAAUGGAAUAGAGUAGCUAGUAUGAUCUAUUUUAUUGAAUUGAAGAGUUAAAGUUGAAUAAUUUUUCUACCGUUUAUAUGUAGUCGCUAGGCUAUUGAUAAAUUUGUACAGAUGAACAUUUUUCAAUGACUGUAAUUAGAAAUUGCCAAAAUUGUCAAAUUUUCUUUUAAAACAAUUAAGUAGCUGGGUUGGAUCAUAUGUACUUAGACCAUCACCAUAGAACAGUAUUUUUGUACAGGUGUAUAAAACAGACCUUUUUCAUGAUAAAAUUCACAGUGCAUUUCAUGCUACGAUUUUUUUAAUUCUGUUAAAUUUGUACGUAUCUUAUAUAACACAAUAAAACUAUGGUAUUAUAAAAAUAAA